CAGCCGACGAGGCAGCAAUUACGCUUUGGGGAUAAAACGAGGCGUGGAGAGCAGGCUGGGGCAUUUCUCCCCGAGAUGGCGGGUCUGACGGCGACGGCCCCGCGGCCCGGAGUCCUGCUGCUCCUGCUGUCCAUCCUGCACCCCUCGCGGCCCGGAGGGGUCCCUGGGGCCAUUCCUGGUGGAGUUCCUGGUGGGGUUCCGGGAGGAGUCUAUUACCCAGGGGCUGGUCUCGGAGGCCUGGGAGGAGGAGCACUGGGGCCUGGAGGCAAACCGCCCAAGCCAGGUGCCGGAGGGCUCGUGGGUGGUGGACUGGGAGCAGGGCUCGGCUUUCCUGCAGGCACCUUCCCGGGGGCUCUGGUGCCCGGUGGAGCAGCCGGCGCGGCGGCAGCCUACAAAGCUGCCAAGGCUGGAGUCGGCGGCCUCGGUGGCAUCGGCGGCGUCGGUGGCAUCGGUGGUUUAGGAGUAUCUACAGCCCACUGUGACGCUGCCCUUUCCCUGCCAGGUGCGGUGGUGCCUCAGCCCGGAGCUGGAGUUGGUGUUGGAGCCGGAGCAAAGCCUGGGAAAGUGCCUGGUGUGGGGCUUCCGGGCGUAUACCCAGGUGGAGUGCUGCCAGGAGCUCGGUUCCCUGGUGUGGGAGUGCUCCCUGGAGUUCCCACUGGAACGGGCGUCAAGGCCAAGGCCCCAGGCGGAGGUGGAGCUUUUGCCGGAAUCCCAGGGGUUGGACCCUUUGGGGGCCAGCAGCCUGGAGUCCCACUGGGGUACCCCAUCAAAGCACCCAAGCUGCCAGGUGGCUACGGACUGCCCUACAGCACUGGAAAGCUGCCCUAUGGCUACGGGCCCGGAGGAGUGGCUGGUGCAGCCGGCAAGGCCGGCUACCCGACGGGGACCGGGGUUGGCUCCCAGGCUGCAGCAGCGGCAGCUAAAGCAGCAGCAAAGUUUGGUGCUGGAGGAGCAGGAGUCCUCCCUGGGGGCGCCAUUCCUGGGGCCGGGGCAAUUCCUGGGAUUGGAGGCAUUGCAGGGGCUGGGACUCCAGCGGCUGCCGCUGCUGCAAAGGCAGCCGCCAAGGCAGCCAAGUAUGGUGAGUCUGGAGGCUUAGUGCCUGAUGGGACAGGCUUUGGCCGGGGAGUAGUUGGCGUGCCAGGUGUCGGCGUGCCAGGGGUCCCAGGCGUUGGCGUCCCAGGUGUCAGCGUCCCAGGUGUCGGCAUCCCAGGUGUAGGAGUUCCAGGUGCUGUGUCACCAGCUGCGGCUGCUAAAGCAGCUGCCAAGGCAGCCAAAUACGGGGCCAGAGCCGGAGUCGGAGUCGGAGGCAUUCCCACCUACGGGGUUGGUGCUGGGGGCAUUCCCGGCUACGGCGUCCCCGGAGUCGGAGGCAUCCCUGGAGUCGGAGGUGUUCCCGGAGCUGGCCUCUCCCCUGCAGCCCAGGCAGCCGCUGCCGCCAAAGCUGCCAAGUAUG